AUGGCACUCUCACCCUUUGGCUCUCGUUCACCAUCCAUGACUGUGCAUUCCCCAAAUACUGCAAUCAGACUGAGAGCUACUGCCCAGAAAUCAGUUACUGGCCCUGCAGCUGCAGCUGUGUCCAAGCCUGUGCAGAAUGGGGAUCGUGAACUUACCGAACAACUUAAUAUCGAUGUCCGGGAACGAUACGUCAAAGACAAAAAAGUAGGUGAAGGUACAUAUGCCGUGGUAUAUGUUGGCCACCUCCGACACGAUCCCUCAUCCCUCGUCGCGAUCAAGAAGAUCAAAGUCAAUGCCGAAUACAAAGAUGGACUAGCUAUGGAUGCAGUUCGUGAGGUGAAAUACCUUCAAGAGCUGAAGCAUCCGAACAUCAUUGCUCUCCACGACGUUUUCUCGUCCAAGGAUCAAAAUCUCAGCUUGGUCCUUGAGUUUCUUCCGGGUGGAGAUCUUGAGAUGCUUAUCAAAGAUAGUGAUAUUCACUACGGUGUGGCCGAUAUCAAGGCUUGGAUGGGGAUGCUUGCCCGAGGUGUAUGGUGGUGCCAUGAGAACUUUGUUCUCCAUCGGGAUAUUAAACCCAACAACUUACUGAUCGCGUCAGACGGGGAGGUCAAAUUGGCCGAUUUCGGUCUCGCAAGAUCCUUUGCCGAUCCUCUCUUCAACAUGACGCAUCAGGUCAUCACUCGGUGGUAUCGGCCACCCGAGCUUCUCUACGGUGCACGACAAUACUCUGGCGCGGUCGAUGUUUGGUCCAUGGGGAUGGUCUUUGCCGAGCUUCUGCUACGGGUGCCAUUUGUGGCUGGCAACACUGACCUGGAUCAAACCUCUAAAAUCUGUGAAGCGUUCGGUACACCAACGGAGGAGAAUUGGCCUGGGGUCAGUAAAUUACCCUACUACAUUGCCACGGACAAAGCCCAUUUGGUUCCAUUGCAAGGACGUGAUUUCUUCAUGCGACAGUUCCCCACUGCAGGUCCGAUGGGUGCUGAUCUGUUGAUGUCGAUGUGUGCACUUGACCCACGUAAGCGCAGUACAGCUGUCCAGUGCCUACGACACAAUUGGUGGACAAUUGAACCCCGACCGACUAAGAAUGAAGAUCUGCCACGGAAAUCUGGGACUAAAAAGAUGGGUGAAGAUUUGACUCGACGUGGUGGCGAGCUAGAUGAGGGUAUGUUCAAGAGUGCUGCCCGGCAACUCGAUUUCGGAAAAUAA